CACCCUCAUUCUUCUUCUUCAUCACCAUCUACUUCUAGACUACUUAGUCUGAGAUGUCUCUCCCAUUACCUCUCCCUUUCAACAGUGCCUUAAACCCAGGGCAUCAAAUCAAGUACAUCCGCCUGAAUCCCUCAGCCCAAUAUACUCUUCUCUUCUGCUACGGCGCAGGCGGAUCUUCCACCAUCUUAACCCUAUUCCAAGACUUCCUCACGACCCAUCCCAACCUCACCCUCCUCUGCAUCGACAGAUGGGUCCUCGGCCCGGACGCUCCACCAGGCCCAGCCCUCCUCUCCUCACUAAGUUCCGUCACCAUCGAACUCCUAGACGGCCUCUCUAUCGCCAAAAUCAGCAUAGCAGCACAUUCUGCGGGCGUCUAUCAGGCACUCGAUCUCAUUAACCGCUAUCCAGAAAGGAUAGAAAUUGUAUUCCCUAUUGCCCCGCAUAUCCCGGCUCCAUUUACGGCUUCUAAGAUUAUGUCUUGGAUGUGUACCAUGCCUAAGUUUCUGUUUGCUGCAGUGGGGAAAAUAGAUAAACUUUCUGAUACAAAGGCGGAGAGAAUGUGGUUGAGGCUGAUUGGUAGUCCGAAAAUCGAGCAUGUUGAUGAUGGGAAAUUUGUAUACUCUAAAAGGUUAAGAGAUGUUUUGCAAAGCUAUGAACCGGAUGGGAAGGAAAUGGGGCUGCGAAAGGAGAGGCUUGAUUUGGAUUAUCGGUUGGGCUAUUCUAGAGUACCGGGUAUCGAGGUGGACAACUUGGUGCGGCUUUAUAGGAGUUGUAAGGUUGAUUUGAUUUGGUUCAUCUGCAAUGCGGAUGUUUUCUUCGGGCCAGCUUCUGUGGAGAGAAUAGCGAAGGAUAUGAAGUCUUGCAGAGUCGAGGUUGUGCUUGUUGAGGGGGCUUGUCAUUCUGACAUCUUUUUGAGGAGUGAGGUUUGGGAGAGGAUACAUGAGCGGGUAAUGGCGGUUGAUAAUGGAUGAGGGGAGGUCGAGAGCGCAGACAUGGUCGCUUGAGAGAGAAAUUUGGGUGAUGGCUUAGCUUGGCUUUUACAAUACUGUACCGUCAAAAACGCCGACCAGUCGGGAAAUCCUUAGAAUAACCGUGCGAGAAUAACG